UCAUAACUAGAACCAGCGCUCAUUAAUAACACCCUCAACCUCAUUUUAAAAUUAUAUAUAAAAUCAUCAUAGCAAAAGUCUCUUCUUCUUUUCUCUCAAACAAUUAUAGAAGAUGCAGAAAUUAUUUUCAUUGGGGUCCUUAAGUUCUGCCAUAGCCAAAAACUUCAAAUCCCAACAACAUCAAAGAGCUGCUUUUUCUACUUCUUUACUAUUGGAUGAUACUCAAAAACAGUUUAAAGAAAGUGUAGCAAAGUUUGCUCAGGAGAAUAUAGCCCCUUUUGCUGAAAAAAUAGACAGAACAAACAGUUUCCCGCAGGAGGUUAACUUAUGGAAAUUGAUGGGGGACUUUAAUCUGCAUGGAAUUACAGCACCGGAGGAAUAUGGUGGUCUGAACCUUGGUUAUUUGUAUCACUGCAUUGCAUUGGAGGAAAUUAGUCGUGCAUCUGCUGCUGUUGCUGUUUCCUAUGGUGUCCAAUCCAAUGUUUGCAUUAACCAAUUGGUGAGAAAUGGAAACCCUGAGCAGAAGCAAAAAUAUUUGCCUAAGCUAAUAAGUGGGGAUCACAUUGGGGCUCUAGCCAUGAGUGAACCAAAUGCUGGAUCAGAUGUUGUUAGCAUGAAGUGUCGAGCAGAUCGUGUGGAUGGUGGCUAUGUUUUAAAUGGGAAUAAAAUGUGGUGCACAAAUGGUCCUAUUGCUAACACUUUGGUUGUUUAUGCAAAAACAGAUUUGACUGCUGGUUCAAAAGGAAUUACAGCAUUUAUCAUCGAGAAAGGAAUGUCAGGAUUCUCAACUGCACAGAAGUUGGACAAAUUAGGGAUGCGAGGAAGUGAUACGUGUGAACUUGUAUUUGAGAAUUGCUUUGUUCCUAAAGAAAAUGUUCUAGGCCACGAAGGAAAAGGAGUGUAUGUAUUGAUGUCUGGACUAGAUUCGGAACGACUUGUUUUAGCAGCAGGACCUGUUGGAAUAAUGCAAGCAUGUAUGGAUGUUGUUAUACCUUAUGUUAGACAAAGGGAGCAAUUUGGAAAGCCAAUUGGUGAAUAUCAACUUAUGCAAGGAAAACUUGCUGAUAUGUACACUGCUUUACAAUCUUCAAGAUCAUAUGUCUAUGCUGUUGCCAAGGACUGUGACAAUGGAAAGAUUGAUCCAAAGGAUUGUUCUGGGGCAAUACUUCUUGCAGCUGAAAGAGCCACUCAAGUUGCUCUUCAGGCAAUUCAAUGUCUAGGUGGAAAUGGAUAUAUAAAUGAGUACCCAACAGGACGUCUAUUGAGAGAUGCCAAAAUGUAUGAAAUUGCAGCUGGAACUAGUGAAAUUAGAAGACUUGUAAUUGGUCGUGAGCUCUUUAAACAUCAGUAAUUAAAAAUUACAAUUAAUUAGGGAUCCUAUAUGAUUUAAUAUAAUCUCUUCGCUUCAAUCCAACAAAAUAAUAAUAAUAAUAAAGAUUGCAUGUUAAUCAAUAAA